AUGAGCGUUGAAAGUAUGAGAGCCGUACUUGUCAAAGAGCCUGGAGACGCAUCACAACUAUACAAUGGUAUUGCUCCCAUACCUCUGCCAAAAGAUGACGAAUUACUUGUUAAAAUCAAAUGCUUUGCACUCAAUCGGAUGGACAUUUUACAGCGACAAGGAAGAUAUCCCGUUCCACCGGGAGCUUCUCAGAUCCUUGGGGUUGAGAUGUCAGGAGUCGUAGAAAAAAUUGGAAGUAAAGGUAGACGCAUUGUUGUAGUUACCAAAUACAAACGAGGAGAUCAUGUCUUUGGUUUAACGGAUGGUGGCGCGUAUGCCGAAUAUGGCAUACUUCACGAAGAUAUGACUAUGAUUCUUCCGGAAGAAAUGUCGUUCCAACAGGGAGCUGCUAUACCAGAAGCAUGGUUUACUGCGUAUCAAGUAUUACAACUAAUAGGUCAGAUUCGUCAAGGCGACAAUGUACUAAUACAUGCAGGAGCUAGUGGAGUUGGCGUCGCCGCCAUUCAGUUGGCAAAGGCAGCUGGAGCAAAACACAUCUUUGCAACCGCUGGAUCUGAGCGUAAAUUAGCCUUUAUUGAGUCAAUCGGCGUUACAAACGGCAUUAAUUACAAGAAAGAGAAUUUUCGAGAUAAGAUAGUGGAAUAUACUGACGGCUAUGGUGUGGACUUACUAAUAGAUUUUGUCGGCAAAGAUUAUUGGCAUCCUAACAUAGACAGCCUUGCUAAAGACGGUAGAAUAGUUUUAGUGGGGUUCUUAUCAGGUCGAGUUGUAGAGAAUUUCGAUUUGUCAGUAUUGCUUAUGAAGAGAUUACGUGUCGAAGGCACUUCUCUACGCUCCCGUUCGCUUUCGUAUAAGAUAACUCUUCGCGACGAAUUUUACAACAAGAUUUUUCCACGGUUCAUUGACGGGCAUGGUACUUUCAAAGUCAUUGUUGAUCGAGAAUACGACUGGAAGGAUAUUGCUGAUGCACAUCGUUACAUGGAAACAAACGAAAAUAUUGGCAAGAUCGUU